AUGCACCAGCAGCAGCAUUUCGGCCAGAAGGACAUCGUCAGCACGUCCAUGGACUCAGCGGUGCCCUACCAGACACAGUUCGGGUAUGCCGCGACGGACGCUUGGUCGUACAACUCCACGGUGACGCCAAUGAAGCAAAUCGAAGCCUGCCUGCAGAGCGCGGGUAAAGACAGGAAGGCCUACUCCCCCCUAGACCAAGCCGACGCGUUGUCCUUAGAAGAGGGCGACACCAGGACGACCGAAAACAACAACAGGAACAACGCGCACAACAAGAACCACGGCAGCAUCAACUCCAUAUCCCCCGCCCUAUCCAACGCGGGGGCCAUUCUGGAAAUGAAACACCUGUGGGACGAAUUCCACUCCCUUGGCACGGAAAUGAUAGUCACCAAGGCCGGCAGAAGGAUGUUCCCCACCUUCCAGGUGAAGCUGUGCGGCCUGGACCUACAUUCGGAGUACAUGCUGAUGAUGGACUUCGUGCCCGUCGACGACAAGAGAUACAGAUACGCCUUCCACAGCUCCAGCUGGGUAGUGGCCGGGAAGGCGGACCCUGUGUCACCCCCCAGGAUACACGUUCAUCCCGACAGUCCUGCCACGGGCGCGCAGUGGAUGAAACAGACCGUGUCCUUCGACAAACUCAAACUAACCAACAAUCAACUAGACGACAACGGACAUAUAAUCCUGAAUUCGAUGCACAGAUACCAGCCUAGGUUCCACAUAGUGUACCUACCCCCGAAAACCAGUCAAACUGGCGAAGAAAGCUGUGGGGAAAAUUUCAAAACUUUCGUAUUCCCAGAAACUGCCUUUACCGCCGUCACUGCAUACCAGAACCAUAGGAUAACACAAUUAAAAAUAGCCAGCAACCCGUUCGCCAAGGGCUUCAGGGACUGUGAUCCGGAUGACAGUGAUCCUGAAGGUCAGGCAAGCCAGUCCCAAAGGACGAGAACCACGUCUAGGUCUACGCCAAAUAAUGACGACCACCAAGACCAACUGGCCCACCAACCGGACGCCGCGCACAUCUCCCACCCCUCCGCCAUAUUUCAGAACCGCUACCAGAACACCACCCAAUCCUCGGCGCCCUCUAUCCUCCAGUCGAACUUACUAACGGCCGGACUUAGCCCGAUAGGACAGCCUUACUCCGCGGAAAUCUGCAACUACGGCCCUGUCUACCACUCCCACAACCUGUUGCACAACUACAACCCGGUGUACAGCAACGAGAAGGGGAUGAGGAGUCCCAAUUUCGGUAGGACUAUGUACGGCAACUACCCCGGGUUCUAUGGGAAUAACGGGAAUUUCAGAAGUACGGGCCUGCAUCAAAACGGGUACGACUUUAGUCCGAGAUAGAUAAUGCGACGGGUUAGGGAUCUUAGAAUAUUUUAAAGAAUUCAAAACGUACUAUUUUAAGAGAGAAUAUUUUGUUGUA